GCUGAGAAAAAAAAAUCACAUCUGCUGAGAAAGUGAAAACCAGUUUAAUCAAUCAGCAGCACCGUUUGAUUGAUCAACCUGAACCCAGCAUAUUUGACGUGGUGGCAUUUUUUGUCCUCUUGAUGGCACGCUCUUACUGGAUUCGUGGACUGCUGGUUUCCGUCGGAAAAUGCAGCAGGAGUGCUGAUGGCAUAUUUAUGUAGUUUGAUGUCAGGCGAGAUGGCCAGAUAGUGGAGCUCUCAGUCACACGCCGCGCUUUGUUUCGAACGCUUCCGACAUUCUGUUACUCUGUAGCGAUACAUUGAAACAUUGUAACCACACGGCGGGUUUCCGAUUCGUGUUGACUCAUUGUAGCGGGAAAGAAGAAACAUUCACUUUAUUCAGUAAUGACUCGGUUCGGUUUAACAUAACUCGAACUGCUCAAUCACAUAUGUGACUUCCACAAUAACGAAUCUUAGUAUUUUGCGCUGGAUUUAAAUUGGAAGGGAGAUGGCAGACAGCGGUCGGGUGAAGCGAGAUAGCCCGUGCUCGAGCCCCGGAGCCGGGAGGAAAAGGGCGCAGCAGUCGCCCGGUUCAAAAGCACGGUACUCGGUCAAUUCUCCCGGACACUGCUUUCGGAAAGUGACCCUGACCAAACCGACCUUCUGCCAUCACUGCAGCGACUUCAUAUGGGGGAUUGUCGGGUUUGUUUGUGAAGUUUGUAACUUCAUGUCUCAUGAGAAGUGUUUGAAGCACAUCCGAACAGUAUGUUCCUGCAUGGCUCCCACACUGGUUCGGGUUCCUGUCGCACACUGCUUUGGUUUGGCUGGUCAUAAGAAGAGAUUCUGCUGUGUGUGUCGGAAGCAUCUAGAAGCCAGCACGGCUCUGCGCUGUGAAGUGUGUGAGCUGCAUGUUCACAGUGAUUGUGCCCCAUUCAGCGUUAGCGACUGCCGUUCCUGCCACCAAGAUGUCGGGCAAGACAUUGAUAUGCACCAGCACCACUGGCGGGAGGGCAACGUGUCCUCAGGUGCCCGCUGUGAGGUCUGCCGUCGCACCUGCAGCUCCUCGGACGUCCUGGCUGGCAUGAGGUGCGAAUGGUGCGGAAUUACAGCACAUGCGUCAUGUAACAUAAUAAUUACCCCGGAGUGCGGCAUGGGUCGACUGCGGAACACGAUUCUUCACCCCAGCUGCGUGCGGAUCUGCUCACGGAACUUCAGCAAGAUGCACUGUUACAGAAUCUCAGAGAAUUCCCAGCACGGAGAGAUGGAUAAUCUGGAUGAUGUUGACACUCAGAGUACAACGCCAAAGGACAGUCAGUCUACGGCACCACCUGAUACAGGGAAACAGACACUCAAAGUUUUUGAUGGCGAAGAUGCAGCAAAGCGGAAUCAGUUCCGUUUGGUUUCAAUCCCUCGAAUAAUCAAGAAUGAGGAAGUGGUGGAAGCAGCACUUAGAACGUUUUACAUCUCAGAUGAGCCGCAAGAUUAUGAGCUCCAGAGUUACGGCCAACAGGAACUGUUUACAGAUGACAUAAUCAACCGUAAUGGGACCCCGGACAACAAGCCUGUUUUUAAGGACAGUGUUCCUGAUUCUUGGGUGCUCAGAAUGAAACCCAGAGAAACAGAAGUAUUGAAGGUCUACCCUGGCUGGCUCAAGGUUGGAGUUGCCUACAUCUCCGUUACUGCUGGGAAAAACAGCACAGUAGAUACAGUGAUAAAGGAAGUGCUUCCACAACUUGGAAAACAGAAUGAAAACCCUGCUGACUUCAACAUUGUAGAAGUUUACAUGAGCAGCAAACAAGUUCAACGGCAAGUCCUGACUGGUCAGGAGCUUCUACUGGACAAACUGCAGGAGAUAAGGAAAACUUCAUUGCGGCAGAUGAACCAGACACGGUUUUACAUCGAGGAGAGCAGGAAUCGAGUGGUACAGGUGAAUCUGAUGCUGGGAGGCCUUCCAACACAACUCAGCAAAGAAGAAUACACACACCUGCUGUCAGAAAACCUGGCCAUCAAGAGUCACCUUAUUACCAUCACUCACGUGUACGGCGGACAAGGUGCUGUGGUUCUGCAGAUCAGCUGUUUCUCUGAAGCCGAGAGGAUUUACAUGUUGGCCAAAGACAUUAACAUCAGCGGCAAACCGCUCUACUCACUCGUCAUACCCGAGAUCAUGCAAAGCAAGCUGCCCAAAGGAAGUUGUCCUUUGCUGGUCUUUGUCAACCCUAAAAGUGGCAGUCUAAAGGGCAGAGAGAUCUUGUACAGUUUUCGGAAGCUUUUAAACCCUCACCAAGUGUUUGAGCUAAGCAGUGGAGGACCACUUCCUGGGCUGCACACGUUUAGGGAUGUCCCUCAUUUCCGUAUUCUGGUGUGUGGAGGAGAUGGGACUGUGGGGUGGGUGUUGAGCAUUUUGGAGUCCAUUCGGCACAAAAUCUCUUGUCCUGAGCCAGCAAUCAGCAUCAUACCAUUGGGCACUGGGAAUGAUCUAGCCCGGGUGUUGCGCUGGGGGGCUGGUUACAGUGGCGAGGAUCCCUACAACAUCCUGGUAUCUUUAGAGGAGGCAGAGGAAGUGCAAAUGGACCGCUGGACGAUUCUUCUGGAUGCACAGGAAAUGACAGAGGAUGGCAAGGAGAAUGGCUUCUUAGAGCCACCCAAGAUUGUACAGAUGAAUAAUUAUUUUGGGCUGGGCAUUGACGCUGAAGUGAGUUUGGACUUUCAUCACGCACGUGAAGAGGAGCCAGACAAGUUUAACAGCAGGUUUCACAAUAAAGGUGUGUAUGUAAAGGUGGGCCUGCAGAAGUUGAGUCACACACGAAACCUUCAUAAAGACAUCCGACUGCAGGUGGACAAACAGGAUGUGGAGCUGCCCAGUAUAGAGGGACUAAUAUUUCUCAACAUACCCAGCUGGGGUUCCGGUGCUGAUCUGUGGGGGUCAGACAGUGACUCUCGUUUCAGGCGGCCCAGGAUAGAUGACAGCAUGCUGGAGGUUGUGGGUGUUACUGGUGUGGUACACAUGGGUCAGGUUCAAAGUGGGCUGCGCUCUGGGAUUCGUAUUGCCCAGGGCAACUACAUUCGCAUCACUGUGAUGAAACACAUUACAGUGCAGGUGGAUGGAGAACCAUGGAUACAAUCACCAGGACAGAUCAUCAUCUCAGCCGCUGGACCAAAGGUGUGUAUGCUGAGAAAGUCCAAAACCAAGCAGAAGAAGCAAUCUGGCAGUUUGAAAGAGGGCCGAUCUGACAGUCCAGCUCCCAGUGAUGGGUGACAGUGGCAUCCCACACCCCCUCCUUCAAACACACAAACACUUCAUUGAUAGCUUGUAGCUGUCGCCUUGACAGGUUUCCUUGUGUAGGCCUCUGUUCUUUGUUCCUGUUUGGGGUGGGUAUCAGAGGUAAUGCAGAAAACUCUAGCAGCACUGAAGAUUUUAAUACGGAUGUUUUAAUGUAGAGGUCUGCCGUCUUCAACAUCUCAGAGUCUGUAGUGUUUAGAAGGCCAGAUAGAUGAAAGCACAAUAGUGUGUUUCUCAGGACUUUAGCUGCCUGCGGCCUGUUUCUGACCUGUUAUUGCCUUAGGUCCUUGCUGGUGUAGAUAUUUAUUUUAUUUUUUCUUCUUUCAUUCUCAUUGCCAGUUUGUGUGUGUGUGUGUGUGUGUGUGUGUGUCUGUCUGUGUGCGUGCGUGUGUGUGUGUGUGUGUGUUUGUUAUUUGUUUUUUUGUUUAUUUUAUUAGUGUUUUGAUUUUAUUUGUUUUUGUUUUGUUUGUUUUUUGUUCUCUUGUGUGAUUUGUUUUUGUGUUCUUGUUUGGUUUGGUUAGGGUUUUUUUUUUCUUGUUUUAUUAGGGUUUUGUUUAGGUUGUUUUUGUUAGGGGUGGGGUUUUUGUUUAUUUUGUUUGGUUUAUUGAUUGUUUGGUUUUGAUAUUAUUUGUUUUUGCUCUCUUUUUUGUGUUUGGUUUGGUUAGGGUUUUUAACUUUUGUUUUUGUGUGUUUUUGUUUGUUUUGUUUGGUUUGUUUUGUUAGGGUUUUGAUUUUAUUUUUUUCUGUUUUGAGUGUUUUUGUUGUUGUUGUUUUUGUGUGUUCUUGUUUGGUUUGUUUAGGGUUUUUUGUGUGUCUGUGGUGUUUGGUUUUGGUUAGGUUUUUUAUAUUUGUUUUGUGUUGUUAGAGUUUUGUUUAGAUUUAUUUUAUUUUGCUGGGGUUUUGUUUAGAUUUUUUGGUUAUUGUUUUUUGUUUUUGUUUGGUUUGUUUUAUGUUUUUUGUCUUGUUUUUUAGUUUUGUUUUGGUUUAGUAAGUUUUUUAUUUGUAUUUAUUUAGAGGUGUUUUUUUAUUUAUAUAUAUAAAUAAGUAGUCCAUCACUGAAAUAUUAUGGAUGCAGGUCCAUAAAUUAACAAACAAGUGAACAGACCGUAUGUGAUCAGUUGACUGUGCUCUUCACAAAUUUAAAAACUGCAGCUUUGUGUUUUGUGGAUGAAACCAAGUCAAGUUUAUCACCUCAUAUAUAAUAUUGAUGGCCCUUUCAGUUUGCAGUAAAAACUGUUACUCACAAACUCUCAUUUGCUCUUUAUAAGUAGCUUUAUACUAUAAUCAAAACCAAAACAAUGCAGUAUAUAUGUACAUACAAUAUACAGCUGUAGUUGUUGUUCAUUAAGAGAACAUUAGAAUGUGUAGGUUGAUUAGAGAACGUUAACCUUUGUAUGUCAUUUUUGUAACUCCCUCAUAGCUUUGCGACUCAACUUAAAAACAAUCAGUCAAAGCAUAGGAAGCAAACAAUGUGGAAUCAUACGCAUCACAGCAAUUUUGUAAAAUGAUAUAAAAAUACACAAGAAAGGAUGAAUAUCAAUAGCUUUUCGGACACAUUUUUGAAAGAUGUGAUACCAAAAAAAUACUGUGAAACUAUUUAAAGAACAGAUUUCAUCAUAAUUCACAAAGAAUGAAUGUUUGUAGAUUCCAAUGUUUGUUGAAUCAGAUUCCCCACUUUUCCUCCACAUUCCUCUUAAGAUCAUGUAGCCAGUGCAGUAUUUGUAAUUGUCUAGACUAGAGUUACUGAUGGUGCCAGUAUGUCUGUUAUAUCAAUGCUUUAUCUUCAUUGAUUGUCCUUGUUUACAUGAUCCUUAAGCCAAGCGUAGCUUCAAUCAUGACUCAUCAUGCUAUGUUGAAAGCAUUGAUUUGUGUGAAUCAGUUACUGUUUUAUCUGACAUAUUAGAUGGUCGUGUAAUGCUAAAAAGUUGUAUUAUUGUUAAGAUAUACAGUAGAUCUCUAGAGGCAAGCACAGUGCUGUGAUAUAUUGGCAAGUAAAUACUAUCUUGAGUGGCUUAUAUAUUUUGUCUCUGUACAGUGACUGGUCAGCCGUGAUCCAGCAGUAUAGAUGGAUGUGAGGCUGGCCUUAGAUUUUUAUAUAUGAUCAGUUAGACUCCCCUACAGAAUGCAUUAUCGAGAGGAUGUUUCAUGCAACCCAUGGGGCGACUGUCUGACCUCAUCUACCUCAUCUUACUGCAUCACUCCAAGAAACAAAUUCUGUCAACCUCUUGCAAAGGCCUAUAUAUGUUUGAAUGUUCGACCAAGUUCUUUAAGGGCAUGUCGAUAUUAAGCUUUAGGUCACAAUGUCACAAAGACAGAACUGAUCAGAAAACCGAAGAUUUUGCCAUUCCCGCCAUCUCACUAAUUCGCCCUCUCAUAUUAUUUUGUUGUGAUGUGUGCCAUUUGUGAUUUUCGCCUCAGUUGUGCCUGUUGCCAUGACGACCCCUUGGGCAGACAUGCUGUUUUGUGGUGUGGUUUAGCCUGAAUUCUGAGUAUAGUGCCUAAAUAUAUGUGCUUCUAGAACUUCUGCGGUAUGUGUGAUGUAAUUUCAUACAUGUUUGUUCUGCUGGUUCUGUUGCUAUGAAGUAGAAAUGUGCUUUUCUAGGUUGUUAGAGCUGAUGUGCCUCCUAAUAGGGUGAAUCUCACGAAAACAUGUCCAGGUCACAUUUCAUCCCAAAAUAAUUUCCUUGAAAUAUUUUUGUUUUAUUAUUUUGCAUAAAGAAAAUGUAGUCUAUUUGUAGCACAUUGUAAACACUUAACCCUAAGCUUGUAUGUGUUAACAUUAGUUUGUGCAUUUAGGUAUCAUGAAUAAUAUUUUUACAGCAUUUUUAGUCUUGGUUACUAGUAUACUUGUUCAUUUAUUAACUUUUAACAUAUGCUAAUACAGUUUGUAAAUGAAAAGUAGUAUAUGUACAAAUGAACAUUACCCAAGUUUAAUAAAUAAUGUCAAAUUACAUUUCAUUGCUAUUUCAUGCAGUGGUGUAGUAGUGUCUGAAGAGGUGGGCAUAGAGUAAAUUUCUGAAGAAGCUUUUCUGUGUAAAGUGAAAUUGUUUUCCUUAGAGAUAUAAAUUGAAACGGUUUGAUAUCAACGUUGAAAAAAAAGAAAAGACAUUUGAUACAAUUAUGGGACACAGUAUCGUCAAAAGCACGGGUGCAAAAACAUGCAGUAUUUUCACAAACUUUAAUCUCAUAAGUUACAUUGU